UAAAGGGGAUCUAUUUAUAUUUUUUUUUCUUUCCCGUGCCUUUUUUUUUUAUUUCUCCCCCUUUUCUCUCUCUUUUUUCAUAAGUUCAAUUUGCCCGUGAUGACAACGUUUACACCACUCGUGCACAGCAAUAAAGAAAACGAAUUGAAGCCGACAACAUUUCCAUUUCUGCAAUACAGUUUUGGACAGAGGAUAAAGACGAGUCCAUUUCCUCCUUUUUCCAAACUGUUCUUUACAAGCAAUUCAAAGUCCAAUCGAACCAUUCAUGAUACCUGUCGUAUCAUUCAUGAUGAAGAACUUUGCAUGUUUUCCAUCCAAUUGGAUUCGAAAGGAACCACAGCUGCCAUUUGUUAUUUACCGACUACUAUCAAAAACGUAAUUGAAAUAUACCACAUUGAAAUCCCAGUUUCUUAUCGACAUCAAGGUUUGGGAGAUAAAUUAGUGAAAAAAUGUCUGGACUGGGCGAAAGAGUCUGGAACAUUGGUCAUUCCAACGUGUGCCUUUGUACAACGGCAUUUGGAAUUUGUAGGGUUACAAAACUAUUGUGCUUCCACUCUGAUUUUACCAGAUGUUUGAAUUCUCCCCCCUUUCUCUCUCUAGGCACUGUACAAAAUCCACUUUUACAUGUAUAAAAAAACAGGGUUCACACUUUUCAUCCGUGCAUCAUUUCCCUCCUCCCCCCAGCUUAUCUUUUUCUUUCUUUUCCUCAGCCGGACAAUAAAUCAUGACUAUUAAAGUGUUAUGCCCCCCCCCC